UAGUUAUAUAUUUUUAUAAAACAAUUAAUAAAUUAUUAUACAUUAAGACAAUGAAGUUGUCAUUAGUCUUAUGUGUAGUAUUAGUGGCGUUCAGUGUCUGUAGUAAUGGUGCCGAACAGACAAACUACGAGUACUACACGUCCGGUGGUAUCAAAUCGGGUCUGAGGGCCGACUCCGUAGACUUCACUCUCAACGGAAAGAAAAUCACUUUAUUUAGCGGUUCUUUGCAUUACUUCCGAUUACCCAAAGACUACUGGAAGGACAGGCUAUUGAAGUAUAGGGCCGCCGGACUCAACACUAUCCAAACCUACUCUCCCUGGAACCUCCACGAGCCAAUCCCGGGUCAAUUUGACUUCGAAACCGGUUUCUUAAAUUUGGUUGACUUUUUAAAAGCCUGUAAAGAGGCGGAUAUGUUUGUUGUGUACCGUCCGGGCCCUUACAUAUGCGCUGAAUGGGAAUUGGGUGGAUACCCGGCUUGGUUUCUAAGGGACCCUAACAUGAGGUUUAGGUCUAACUAUAAGCCAUAUCUGGAUGCUGUGGGCAAAUACUAUUCAAAAGUGUUAUCCCUUAUCGAUGACUACCAGUUUCAGAAAGGAGGGCCUGUUAUAGCCUUUCAGUUUGAGAACGAGUUCGGAGGCAUUCAUAGU